AUGGGUUUAGCUGAUACGCAAUUACCGAGCGAGAAGCUGCCCCAAUGCUGGUCGGACGAUGUUCGCAUGAAUGCAUUAUUUGCGCCAUUCAGAAUAAAAUCGGUUAACCCAGAGUCGUGGGAUAUGAAGAUGAAAUUCUGGUCGGACAUGGUGCGGCAGUGGUGCCGGUACAAAACUGACCCCGUGGUCUCGGCGGCUGAUGUAAAAAGCGCUUUUCAGCGCAAGGGCCGCUCAGCAGCCUGCAUAGAUAUUGUAAUCGAAGAAAUGUUUAGGAAUGGUGAACUGUCACCAAUCUCCAAAUACCUACAGAUCCUGCACAAUGGUCAGGAGGGCUGGGUCCAUUGGAGCGCGAGGAUGGCCUUCAAGCCGGCGGUGUUUGCCGUGUCCACAGUGCUCUCACUGCUUCCUGCUAGACAGCAGCUCGACAAUGACGGACUGCCCAAAGCAAGCAUAGACUGCACACAGCGCUUUGUGCUCGAAAGUGCUGUGAAGGAGCAGGCAACACAGUUCCUUGAAAAUUUCCCGCCCGGAGAGCAGCGAGUCGGCACCAUCGACGAGCUGAUGAGGAACAGCCAGUGGUCCGGUUCCAGGGAGACACUCGAGAUCAUGCUUGGCUAUCUGGUGUCUCAGGGUGCCGCCGUCAAAAAAGGGGAUGUGGUGAAGUUGGCGGAGCCCCACCAGAGGGCGUCGCCGGUGACGGAGGCGGACGAGGCGCUGGCGCGGCUCUCGGCGGCCGAGGCGCGGCUGGAGGCGGACGCGGCGCGGCUCGCCAGGGAGGCGGGGGCGGCCGGCGCGGACGCGAGGGCGGCCCUCCGGCUGGGCAACAGGCUCGCGGCAAAGAACCACCUGCGGCGAAAGCACAAGGUGGCUGCCCGAGCCCAGCGCUGCGAGGCGGCUCUGGAGAACGUGAGGCAUCUCUUGCAGCAGAUGAGGGAGAUUGAUGGCAAUGUUGCCAUUGUGGACACCUACAGGACAAGCUCCGAAGCCAUGAAGCGUACGAUGAAGGAGAGUGGUCUCGAGGAAGAUUCCGUUUUCAACACCAUGGACGAACUUAAAGACGUCCUGGACACCUACAACGAAGUUGAGAAAGCCCUCAGCACGACCAUCGAUGAUAUGGACGCGGCAGAACUAGAACAGGAGUUAAAAGACCUUCUGGACUCACCGGCUCCCCCUGGUGGUGGCACCCCUGGCAAAGAGGAGAGGACAGACAGAAAUGCAGCGAGAAGAGACAGAGAUGGCAAGCUGCCAUCGCCGCCGGCGGGCCAGCCGGGCAGGAAGGUCUCCGAGAGGGACUUCGUGUUCGACGGCGAGGAGAGGAUGCUGGCCGAGCUGAACGAGCUCAGUCUAGAAGAUGCUACACCCAAGAAGGAGGGCGAGAAGCCUCCGAAGGCGCAGCCCGUAGCCGAGCUCUGCACCGAGGUGGAAGACACGGCGAUAAUAACCGACAGACCCUCGAAGCCGUGGUACCCACCCUCCGGGAACUGCCUCCGCCCGGACGAGAGCUGGCCCCAGGGCGAUGUGGACGCCAGCCUCAAGCGCCUCAGCGACACCUACGGCGAGCUGAGGAUGGACGACAGGCUGCAUCCGGGUCAAAAGCUGCAAAUGGACCUGACGAUUCCGCCCCGGCUGUACAGCAACGACUUUCAGGUGCGUGACCACAAAUUGGCCGCGCCCGGCGUUUGGCUUUACAACACAAGAGACGGCCAGGACACAGCGUUGGCCGCCAGCACAGAGUAUAUAAGCUCCGAGAGUCCCGGAAAGUCGGGCGGUGGCUUCCAGAUGGCGCCGGGCGGCGAGCGCAAGAGGGCGGAGCCCUGGCGCAGCGAAGACCCCACGAUCGAGGACCUGGAGAGGAGGCUCGGCAAGCUCAGGGGCUUCAAGAUG